AUGUACGUUUUCUUACUUACAGAGGGUAUAUCUUUUGUAGCAUCGGGAGAAGAUAUAGUGGUCAUAAAAGGUCCACAGGAUAGGGCUGUGUUUUCUGGACAGAAUACUGAGUUGACUUGUCAUAUUGACCCUAUUGCAUCUGGAGCUACUCAUGUUGUACAGUGGAUAGGUCAUACUAACAGAACAGGAGUUGGUAAACCAUUAUCGGUUAAUGAUAGAAUAACUGUGACGGAUAUACCAAAUAAGUUCUCUAUACAUACAGAGAAACCAUACAACCUUGGUCUACAGAACACUGACUUGGAUGAUGCUGGAAAGUACACUUGUAAUAAUGUACUAAUUGGAGCACCGAUAGGUGGACUAGAACCUCAGUUGGUUGUCCUUGGGGAGAGAGAUGGUAGCCAGAAACCCACUAUUACUUGGACACUUAAUGGUAUUGAGCAAACUGCAACACCUGAUGAGACUACACCGGGGGUCUUCAAGUCAACGUUUACUAAAACAGCAUCUAGUGUUGAUAACCAGAAGGAAUUAAAUUGUUCUCUCAGGGUACUGAAUAUCCAACAACACUGUUCCACUAGGCUUAAUAUACAAUAUCCAGCACUUAAGCCGACCCUUUUUGUCAAUGGCAACAAUAUUCCAGACCAAGCUAUAUUACAACGUACAGUAGGGACAAAUGUACUACUAAAAGGAGAAUCAUUAGCAAACCCUAAUCCAACGUACAUAUGGCAGUUUAGAACAACGAGUGAUCCAAACUUUAGUACUGGGGAAUUUGGAGAUGCAAAACAUAUCAACAACAUCCAAUUCAACCAGGCAGGGAUAUACAGAUGCUGUGCUAGCAAUAACUUGAACGGUUAUCGGGAAUGCAGUGAAUUGACAAUCUAUGUUGUUGGUAGUUCAACAGGAAAUAUCGUCGGGGGAGUUCUUGGUUCACUUGUUGCCAUCAGCAUCAUCGCUGUACUUGCAUUCUUCGUAGUCAAGCUGCACAAUGAAAACAAACGAUUAAAGAAAGAAAACUCGUUAUUACAAAAGGAUUCAAACAAUCGCACUAGUUCAACUGGCGAGGUAAAUGUUGUCUUUCAACAAAGUCAAAAUGUUCCAUAUGAAGAAGUUGACUUUAAGACAAACACAUAUGCUCAGCUUAACAAAGAUGAUAUCAACCUGCACAUUCCAUCUGAUACAUCUGACAAAGAAUAUCCAAUGGAAACAAUUGACAUCGGGGCCUCAUUAGGUGCUGGUGAGUUUGGAGUUGUAAAACUAGUGAAUGUCAAUACUAUGCCGAAUGCCCCAUUUAUGGCCGCUGCAAAGAUAUUAAAAGAUAAUGCAUCUGAUGACGACCACCGGGCCCUACUUCGUGAAUUGGAUCUAAUGAAGCAGUUACCCAAACAUAACAAUGUUGUGGAACUUCUAGGUUACUCAAAAUACAAUGACCAAACGAUGAUACUCGUUGAGUAUCUACCCUUGGGAGACCUGCAAAGCUACCUACGAGCCAACAAAGCAAGGGAUGUUGGAGAAAGAGACUUGUAUAGCAGAACGUCACAAGGUCGUCUUCCCAUUAGAUGGAUGUCUCCUGAAGCUCUGUUCCACAAUAUUUACACAACCAAGAAUGAUGUAUGGGCCUAUGGUAUACUCCUCUGGGAAAUACUUACAUUCGGAUCGACGCCUUAUACUGGGAUGAAUGGCAAAGAAGUCAUGGAAUUUGUGAAAGCUGGGAAGGUGAUGGACAGGCAACAGCAUUUUAAAUCAGAGAUAUAUAAUGUGAUGGCCGAAUGCUGGUGUCACGAUGCGGGUAGACGACCAACAUUCUCAGAUCUCGUGUCCAAAAUGGAGAACAUCUUACAGGAAGAAACCCUUAUAUGGAAAUGAAAGACUUCAAUGAGGCUCUUUAUGUUAAUGUUAACCCAAGAAAUCUCGAGGAAAAACUUUAAUUACUUAAGAAGCUAUAAGUUUACUAAAGCAAUAAGACAAAUAUGAGCGACAGAUAUGAUGAUGAACUGCUUUUAAGGUCUUCUUAGGUCUUAUUACUUGGCAAUGUUGAAAAAGAUGUUUCUUUAGUGAUUUAAACUAUAAAACAAUUGUACGAUUUUCAGGUCAUUGUAGCACUGUUUCUAUUACAUAUUGUUCUCCGAUCGAAUAUAAUACUGCUUUCACUUGUUGAUAUUCUGUUAGAUUCAGAUGCAGAAAUACUGAUAUCCCUCUUGUUUGAAAGGUGGAUUUGAGUUUUUUGAG